AACAUCCUCGGAUCCUCCAAGUCAGAGUGGACUAUUUUUUUCAUCAUAUUCUGUCAUUCCUAGACCAGAGUUGGGGAGCUGAGGUGUGACAGGUGGGACCAGGCAAGGCUGUUUUAAACAUUAACACAGCACUGCCACUGCCCCGAGGAGCCAGUGUCCCAGAGCGAGCUACAGAGCUGUCUGGUGGCCCAGCUAAGGAGGCGGUAACCAGUGACCGUGGCUCCCUUUGCCCAGGUCCCAGCAGGCAUUGGCAGCUUUGGUCACUUCCAGGUACAGCUGCUGAUAUUGUUCAGUGUCCCCAACUUCCUGACUGCCUUCUGCAUGUUCACCCAGGUCUUCAUGGUCCUGGAUGAGGCCCACCACUUUUCAGUGGCCUGGGUCAAGAACCGGACUCUGACCCCGAGCGCUGCUGAGCAGCCGGUGCUGAGCGUGCCUCCUGUGGGUGCUGCAGGCAGCCCUGAGCCCUGCCUCCUGUUCUGGCCACCCCCCGAUGGAGCCAGCCUGGAGGACAUCCUCAGCCACAGCUUCAGUGAGACACAACCUUGCGAGGCGGGCUGGGUCUAUCGCAGGAGGCCCCCAUCCCUAAAGAAUGAGCUGAACCUGGUCUGUGGUCGGAAGUAUCCGAAGGAGACCUCCCGGUCGGUGGACCUGCCUAGGCUUCUCAUUGGGGCGCUCAUCGUCGGGCCCCUCUGUGACGGUUGCAGAGUGGGUGGGGCCCUGGUGGAGAACUCGGGCUGUGGUCCUGGCCCAGUGCACCUUCUCCAUGGGGCAGAUGGCCCUCGAGAUACUUCCCAGGCAAGCUGCCCCUCGGUUGGCUACGUGUCCAGAGAGGUGUCUGGGAGAGCGAGCCUGUGGGGUCAGUGUGCACUGGGACAGCGGGGAGGCUCCUGGGGGAGUGGGGAGGCCCAGGUCCAAGCCCCAGGGUCACAGCCCGACCUACAGGGCUCUGCCGGAAUCUGCACGGUGGCUCCUGACCCGGGGGAGGGUAGAGGAGGCUAAACAACCGAUCCAGAGGGUGGCCUCGGUCAACGAGCGAAAACUCUCCCCCGAGCUCCUGAGCCAGGUACUUGCAGUAGCUGGGCCAGCCCUGCCCUGAUCUGUCCACACAGCCCGGCCUGCCUGGCCCCUGACUCUGCACCUCCCUCCCAGAUGGUCCCAGAGAAGACCGGCCCCACGGGCAAUGCCCUGGAUCUGUUCCGACACCCCCAGCUCCGGAAGGUGACCCUGAUUCUCUUCUGUGUCUGGUGAGUGGGCCCACGGCCCUCCCUGAGGCCCAAA